AUGCAUCAGUCAGUGCGAACACAGACUUCGGCCCAGCCGAGGCGUCCCCGACCUCACCGUCACCGCGCCGUCUCUCCCCUUCACUUCUCCUGUACGUCGGCGGCGCGCCCCACCUGGGCGCCGGCGAAGGGCGGCAACGAGCAGGGUGGCACUCGCAUAUUCGGCCCCUCGCAGAAGUACCCCUCCCGCGACCUCGCCGCGCAUACCUCCCUCAAGCCCAGGAAAGACGGCCAACAGACCCAAGAGGAGUUACAGAAGAGGAACCCCAGGGAGGAACUUGAGGAACGUGAGCGCAAGCACUACUCUUCCAAGGACAAGUCCUAUGCUGAAGAAAGAGACCGUCGGAAAAGUUCAAGUCAGCUACUCUUAGAAGGUUCAAAGAGAGAAGCAGAGGAUAAGAUAGUUCCACGAGAAAUCGAUGCAGAUGACUCUGAUGUGGAGCCUAAAAGUGAUGAUGAAAGCGAUGAAGAUGAUGACGAUGACGAUGAUGACACUGAAGCUCUAAUGGCAGAGCUUGAGAGGAUUAAGAGAGAGCCGAGGAGAAGCUCAGAAAGGUCUGAGCGGCAACAAGCAGAGGAAGAGGCAAAGAUGAAGGAAGCUGAACUGAUGCGGGGGAACCCGUUGAUCAACAUCAACAAUCCUGGCUCCUUCAGUGUUAAGAGAAGGUGGGAUGACGAUGUGGUAUUCAAGAACCAGGCACGAGGAGAGACCAAGACACCAAAACGGCUCAUCAAUGACACCAUCAGGAGUGAUUUCCACCGCAAGUUUCUGCAGAGACUGAAGGCCUGUAGUUUCACUUGCGUAUCCUCUUUAUUGUUUCUGUUUUACCUCAUUGGACGUUUUCCACAGGCUCCAUUUCUUGUCUUACGCAAAACUGUUUUUCAAUUGCUGAAGGAUGAAUCAAGUAGGCCUGAUGAUGUAAUUUCAGCUGCACAGAGAUACAUUGAGCAAAAUGGAGCAAAAACGUUUGAGAAUCUUGUUAACAAGUUAGGUCACCAUGCAUUUCACGAAGGAUGGAGUAUCUUGUGUGAUGCUCUUCUUGACUUUGAAACUAAAAGCAUAUCGAACCACAUCGUGACAACUCUUCUCAGCGGCAACAUGGAGGAAAAUCUGUCCUUUGCCAUCUCGCAGAGUGACGCAGUCCGGACACCUCUCCAGCAGCGUCUUCACGACGCCGAGGCUGUUAGACCAUGCAGCGACGUGUAUGGGGUACGACCCUUCAUCGUCCGCCUGAAUCUAGCAUUGGAUUUACUGCCAGCUGAGUUCAUAGGUGAGGAGGAUAUGUAUAUCUUCCCCGUUGAACUUUUUGACAGUGCAAGCAUAUCACGGUUACAACAUCUUCAGCUUAGUUGUGUAUCCUUCAAACCAGGUUCCCAGUUUAUGGGUUUCCCAAAUCUGAAGAAGCUUGAUCUGCAAUUAUUUUCUGUAUCUAGAAAGAAUCUUGAAGAUAUGUUAGCUGGUUGCUCUACUCUGACGUGGUUGAGCUUAAGUAGAUGUUGCAUGAAAGAUGAGCUAACAGUGAAACAACCAUUGGACCGUUUAAUGUACUUGAGUAUUGUGGAUUGCAGUAUAACGAAAAUAGAGUUACAAGCAGAAAAUCUUAAGACUUUUGAAUACAAUGGAGCACGAGUACCUAUUGACCUUGGUCAAGUUAAGCAACUAGAGACAGCACAAGUUUAUUUGUAUGGUCUCACUCUUAACUAUGCCCUCACUGUGCUUCCAAACGUUCUUACGGGUGUAAAAAAUUUCACUUUGGACACUUAUCUACCUUUAGAGAAUUUGCAUUUUUAUCAGCUCAAAAUUUUACGAUUGUUGCUCUUAAUUGAUACUAGAAGCACUCCUAAUGUUCUCUCAUUGGUAUCUUUCCUGAGAGCUUCCCCUUUCCUCGAGGAACUGGAGGUGCAUGGCCCCAACUUGUCUGGAUCUAUGCUGGCAUAA